AUGGACGAAGAAGUUGAGGUCAAAGCUCCAGUGAUGCGACUUCGAAGAAGAAUGUCUGUGGAACGAUUUGACGAUGGAAAGUCAUCCCCUGCCCCUAGUACACAAACAAAGAAAAGAGGUGGUAGAAGGGUGGCAAAACCAGAACUAGUUUUGAUAGAUGAAAAUGCAGUAGAAAACUAUUUAAAAAACUCAACUAGAAAAUCAGUAGUCAAAGAAAUUGUAGAUACAGUUGAAUAUAAGCCCGUAACACCAUUAAGAAGAAGUACUAGGAUUAAAUACAAUACCAGUAUUGUAUCAGAUACAAUUCAAAAUAUUGACUCACCUAAAGCUAAAAGUGCUGCAAGAAGAACUUCUCAAGUUGAUAGUAAUAAAAAAUUGCCCCUGACUCCGGUUAGACAAACUCGCAGGACUAGGAAAGAUUUAACAUCCAAUGUUGCAAAACAAGUGGAAGCAACCUCUGCUAUCGUAAAGAAUACAACUCCAAUACCUGAAAUAAUCGUUGAAGAACCUGACAAUGUUAAUAAAACAUCAAACAAUAAAUUAAAAACCCUAGACAAUGAAGACAAAAAACAAAGUCCAGUUCGCAAGAGUCCUAGGCUAUUAAGUAAAAAAUCUAGAUUAAGUAAUUCCUCAGUACCAGAUGAUAAAAAUACUAGUAGUGUUGAAGGUAAUAAGAGUGAUACUCAUAAUACUUCUAGAGACAAUAAUUGCAAAACAGAAAAGCCUAUUGUGUCAUUAACAGAAAAUACAGACAACACUAUUGACGGUAAAGCAGAAAUAAAAAUGUCUGACAAACACAGUCUUUCUCUUUCUAGUACAAACCUUAUUAAAGACUUAGACACAAACCCUAAGAAAAUAUUCUCACAUAUUAAGAAAAGUUUAUCAGAAGCUCAGAAAUUGAACAAGGUGCAAUGUAAAAGACACAGAACUAAGUCUUGGACUGCUAUAACCACUGUUUCUGUUCCCAUUGAAGGUUUUUAUAGUGAUAGUGAAAAUGUUAAGAAAAAGCAUAAAAAUAGCAUAUCUGAUGUUAUAAAAAAUAAUAUAUUGAAAGGUUCAGGUGAUAAUAGCAAACUAAAUGAAAGCAAUAUUGAUGAACUAAAUUCUUCAGAAAAUUAUGUAAAGUCUUCUAAAAGUAAGAAAAAGAAAGAAAGUGAUACAUUUUUAAAACAAACACCUAAUAAAUUUAACUCUAAUGAAGAAGCAAAUAAUUUAACCAGCAACCAUAAUGUAGAAAAUGUUGGUCAAAUAAGAAAUGUAUUGCAAAAAGAUCCAAGUAGCAAUAUUCAGACUUUGGUAGUCAUGGAAGAUUCGGAUUCUAAUUCUAUACAAAUGAACAUUCAAGAAAACAAGGAAGAUCAAUGUGUUCCAGUUGUUGUUGAUCAAUUAGAAAACAGAAGUGAUACAAAAACAGAUUAUAUUUUAUCUAAAUCCUUUCAAAAUAAAAAAGAAGAUUUUAAAGAUGCCAAUGAUGUUGUUACAAAUGACACCUGUGAACCAAUGGAUGUAGAUGUAACAUUACCAGACAUCCUACAAAAUAAGGAAUCAGAAAUGGAGUCAAAGUUAGUAUUAAAUAGUUCAAUAGAUUCGAAUAUUAAAAACAAUUUAAUUUCUAAUAAUACUAGAAGAUCAUCCUCUGAUCUUUCAACAUCUCAAAAUCAAGAGAAAAGUGAUAGUGAAAAUAAAAGUACCUGUAUAUUUUCGCAAUUAAAAGAUAUAUCUAGCACUGACAACACUUCAAAGUCACCCCAAAUUUCUAAUAAUAAACGCUUGUCAAAAUUAAGCAAUAUUUUAGACAACACACAAGAAGAUACAAAGGUGAACAAAAAUCUAUCCCUUAACUAUUUAACAACCACUCUUCAACAGAAGACUGGUACAAGUGAUCAAGGUAACAAUAAAUCAAAGCAUAUAUUUGAUAGUAACAUAUCAAAAGAAAAGGUUAAAAUAACUACUAAAAAAGAUGUGUCUGGGCAUCCUGCCACAGAAGAUUCCAUUUCAGAAAAAGAAUCUACAUCUAGUGAAAACAAUUUAAUUGAUAAUGAAGCUGAAGAAGCAAGUAAUGACUAUGAAUCUGGAGAUAGCCAAGAUGAUGAGGAAAGGCAAUACCAAAUAGAUAACGAAAUUUUAGAAAAAGGAGAAACAUUAACAUCUGAAGAUGAAUUGACUAAUGAUUUUGAUUAUGAGAAAGAUUCGUUUAUAGUUAGUUCCGAUGAAGAAGACUACGAAUUGUCCAGUGUGUCUGGUGACGAUUUAUCCAUGAGCGACAAAGAACUCAAAAUGACUACAAAAUCAAAGAAAAAAUAUAACGAGCGAAAAUUAAAAGAGCAAAAACAAGCAUCAAGAGAAAUGUUUAAAGCACGCCACAAGUUAAGCCUUUCAAGUAGUAGUAAAAGUUCUAAAUUAAAAAAGAAUAUCCUCCGUCAGAGAUUAGAAUCUUCACAAUCUGAAGACGACAUCGAAGGUUCGAAAAAAAAUAAAAGAAACAAAUUGAAUUCUACAGCUAAUGAUCAUGCAAUUAAAUCUGAUACAGACAGUUCUAUUACCCAAAAGAAAAAGAAAAAAAGAGGUUUAUCAGAAUCUUCGUGUAACGAAACUUUAUUAGUGGAAAAAGAGAUAACAAUUUGCAAAGAAAUAACAAAUAAUAUAACUGAUCCAUUACGAACACAAAUUAAAUCUGAACCAAAUACUCCAGCAAAAGAAUCUAACAACUCUGUUGGUUUUAUUAACACUGACGUAAUAAAAGGCACGCCUUGUGAGAAAAGCACUUCCGAUUUACUUAAACUCAAAGAUCUUUUAGAAGAUUCUGAUAACAGCAGCUCCAAUUUAAGUAGUGCUGAAGAAAAUAUCGCAAAGAAUUACGAUAAAAUGCUCAAUGAGUUAAAGAUAAAAUCUGGUAAUCAAUCAUUAAAUAUGGAUGAAAAAUAUAAAAUCAAAUCAAAUCCAAAAAUUUCUAUUGUUGAAAAUCUUAAUUUAACACAGUCUAAAAAGUCAAAAAAUAAAUCAUCUCAAAGUGGUGAUACAUUGAAUACUAACAGACAGAGCACUAGCAAAAUGGUAAAUGUAAAAAGUACUGAUGAACUCUGCCCAAAAGCAAAACCAUCAGACAAAUUAAAACAAAAAACUUUAGAAAAUGAUUGUUCACCAAUAAAACAGAAUAAUAUUAUUGUUGAAAAGUCAAAAUUGAAAGGAUCAAAGGCAAUAAAAAAUUCUGAUUCUGAUGAUUCUUCGGAUUCAAUUGAUUUGAAGUUGCUCUUCUCUAAAGAUAGCACUAAUAGUGGAGAUUUAAAUAAAAAAAGUAGAAGAAAAUCUGGAGAAAGCUUGGAAGAUUUCAAAUCACUAAAAAAAUCUCAAGCAAAAACAGAUACCCGAGCUAGAGAAGAUACAGAUAAUGAAGCUACCAUGAACAACAAAUUGUUGCUGGAUGAAAAUGUUUUAAAGACUAAAAAACCAAAAGCUCUUCCAGAAAAUGAAGAGGGUUGUAGCAAUGAAAAGGGAGAAGAGACAUCAUUUUUUGUGGAUACCUUUGUAACUCAUACCAAUUCCGAUUCAUCUGCUAAUGAAGAUAAUGAAGCAAAAAUAAAGAUGAACAAUACUUCUCAUGCAAAUAAUGCUUCAAGUACUGAGGAUUCUGAAGAUGAUGAUGCACCUCUUGAAAUGUCAUGUAUAAAGGAAAAGAGUACCAUCAAGGAAGACAACCUUAGUAAACGAGAAGAAGUCAAUAGUUUUGAUGAAUCAGAUGCUUCAAGUACUGAGGAUUCUGAAGAUGAUGAUGCACCUCUUGAAAUGUCAUGUGUAAAGGAAAAGAGUACCAUCAAGGAAGACAACCUUAGUAAACGAGAAGAAGUCAAUAGUUUUGAUGAAUCAGAUGCUUCAAGUACUGAGGAUUCUGAAGAUGAUGAUGCACCUCUUGAAAUGUCAUGUAUAAAGGAAAAGAGUACCAUCAAGGAAGACAACCUUAGUAAACGAGAAGAAGUUAAUAGUUUUGAUGAAUCAGAUGCUUCAAGUAAUGAAGAUUCUGAAGAUGACGAUGCACCUCUUGAAAUGUCAUGUUUAAAGGAAAAGAGUACCAUCAAGGAAGACAACCUUAGUAAACGAGAAGAAGUCAAUAGUUUUGAUGAAUCAGAUAAAUCAUUCGACGACAAUUCAAUAAUUACCAAUAAAUUUGUACUCAACCAAAAUAAGAAGCGAAAAAUAUCGCAAAACUCCGAAGAUUCUAAUAAACAAAGUCAAGAUAUUGAGAAACCUAAUAUAAGUGAAAUGGCCCACUAUACAUCUAUAACAAUUAAAAAGAAAGCCAGACAAGAUGUACAUGGAAGUAAUGUCAAUGAUAUACUUGAAUCAUCAAAAAUUCUGAAUGAGCCAGGGAUGUCAAAUAAAUCAAAGAAAAAGAUCAGAAACUUCAAGACUGAAAACCAACUAAAAGUUUCAGGAACCGAACAACAUGUAAACACUGAAUCAUGCAAACAAAAUAUGCCUCAUCGUGGACAAAGUAAGAAUCAAGAUGUUUCAGAAUCAGUUAAUCCUAAAUUAAAAAAUGAUAAAAACAGAAAACGGAAACACAGAGACGAUGAUGACGAUGCAAACAAGGCAUUGAAGGUGCUUAAGGAAAAUUCAUUAGACCAGAUCUACAUACCUCGACUACCACAUUCUCUCCUUAAUCGUUUGGAAGAUAAACCUAAUAAAGCAAUUUUGACCGCAAAGAAGCACAAACCUAUCUCCACAACAGAAUUCGUAGUAGAAGAAACAAUGAAAAGAAAAAAUAAACCAUCGAAUUACUUAGAAGAAAGUAUAUACAUAGAUGAUUUUAAUUCUCCAAAGGCGAAACAACAAAGGGCCAUUCUAAAAAAUCCCAAAGUGCUGCCUUUUAUUCCUACUGCUUCAACUUCAAACAGUGGUUUUACAACCAAUUUUAAAGUCAAUAUCGUAUCAAAGCAAAUAAAAUUUGUUGCUCAAUCAAAUAAUGUUACCAGUUUUAAGAAUGAUUACUUGUAUAGCCAAAAAAUUAAAAGAUUAGGAACUUAUGAUUUAUACAAAAGAAAUAGAAACAUAAAGAUAUCUAAAUUUUAA